AGCUUAUUUCCGGUCCUGUCAGGAAACUCCUCUGGAAAAUAAAAAAAUAAAAGUGGAUGGUGUCCCGUAAACCGAGCGGUUGUCUUGAUAUUAUCUGGCUAAAUCUCGACGACUUAAAAUUCAACCUGGACCGAUUAAAUGGACAAAUAAGGGGUACCAGUGCACGCCUAGAUACCACAGGAAUGGAUAUCACAAGUCGUUGCACCCUGGGUGACCCCAACAAGCUCCCAGAGGGAGUGCCUCAGCCUGCCCGGAUGCCCUACAUCUCGGACAAGCACCCUCGGCAGACCUUGGAAGUCAUCAACCUGCUCCGCAAGCAUCGAGAGCUGUGCGAUGUGGUUUUGGUGGUGGGAGCCAAGAAGAUUUAUGCACACCGUGUGAUCCUGUCCGCCUGCAGCCCCUAUUUCAGAGCCAUGUUCACGGGGGAACUGGCCGAGAGCCGGCAGACGGAAGUUGUCAUCCGGGAUAUUGAUGAACGAGCCAUGGAGCUGCUCAUCGACUUUGCCUAUACCUCCCAGGUGACUGUGGAGGAGGGAAAUGUGCAGACUUUGCUGCCCGCUGCUUGCUUGUUGCAGCUGGCAGAGAUUCAGGAAGCCUGCUGUGAAUUCCUCAAGCGCCAACUUGACCCCUCGAACUGCUUAGGCAUCAGGGCCUUCGCCGACACUCACUCCUGCAGAGAGCUGCUGCGUAUAGCUGAUAAGUUCACCCAGCAUAACUUUCAGGAGGUGAUGGAGAGUGAAGAGUUCAUGCUGCUGCCAGCCAACCAGCUGAUAGACAUCAUCUCCAGUGAUGAGCUCAAUGUUCGGAGUGAGGAGCAGGUGUUUAAUGCUGUAAUGGCCUGGGUUAAAUACAGCAUUCAGGAGCGCAGGCCUCAGCUGCCACAGGUUCUGCAACAUGUGCGUCUUCCCCUCUUGAGCCCGAAGUUUCUCGUUGGGACAGUGGGUUCAGAUCCUCUGAUCAAGAGUGAUGAGGAGUGUAGGGACUUGGUCGAUGAAGCAAAGAACUACCUUCUGCUACCCCAAGAGCGCCCCCUAAUGCAGGGACCUAGAACCCGGCCCAGAAAGCCUAUUCGUUGUGGAGAAGUACUGUUUGCUGUGGGAGGUUGGUGCAGUGGUGACGCCAUCUCAAGCGUUGAGCGCUACGACCCCCAGACCAAUGAGUGGAGGAUGGUGGCGUCCAUGAGCAAACGGCGCUGUGGAGUUGGUGUCAGUGUUCUGGAUGAUCUGUUGUAUGCUGUUGGCGGACAUGACGGCUCGUCUUAUCUCAAUAGUGUGGAAAGGUAUGACCCAAAGACUAACCAGUGGAGCAGUGAUGUCGCCCCUACUAGCACCUGCAGGACCAGUGUGGGUGUUGCUGUAUUAGGGGGUUACCUGUAUGCUGUGGGAGGUCAGGAUGGCGUUUCCUGUCUCAACAUUGUAGAAAGGUAUGAUCCGAAAGAGAAUAAGUGGACACGUGUUGCCUCAAUGAGUACCAGACGGUUGGGUGUGGCUGUAGCCGUAUUAGGAGGUUUUCUUUACGCAGUGGGCGGCUCAGAUGGCACAUCCCCACUAAAUACAGUGGAGCGGUAUAACCCGCAGGAGAACCGCUGGCAUACGGUGGCACCCAUGGGGACCCGUCGGAAACACCUGGGCUGUGCCGUGUACCAGGACAUGAUCUACUCUGUGGGCGGCAGAGACGAUACCACAGAACUGAGCAGCGCUGAGCGAUACAACCCCAGAACCAAUCAGUGGUCCCCUGUGGUCGCCAUGACGUCCAGAAGGAGCGGGGUUGGUUUAGCAGUAGUAAAUGGUCAGUUGAUGGCAGUUGGAGGUUUUGAUGGUACCACAUACCUGAAAACUAUUGAAGUCUAUGACCCUGAUGCCAACACGUGGAGGCUCUAUGGUGGAAUGAACUACAGGAGGUUGGGAGGUGGUGUUGGUGUAAUAAAAAUGACUCACUGUGAAUCACAUAUAUGGUAACAACUACAGUAUCCAUCUCACAGAUGCCUCACCAUAGCUCGUUCCUCAUAGAGACAUUGUGCAUCAUGCAAGAGGAAAUCCUGGUUAAAAACUGAGUAUUGUCUCCAGUUACUGAGAUGGCAAACCAAAGGUAUACCAUCUCUGGAAGCUGCUCUGAGGAGACUCACCUGUACGGCCAUAGAGCAUCACUCCAUUUUGUUUUUACAUUUGGUUUCUCUUUCGUACUUGAGCAUAGCCAAAGGCAACAAUUUGAAGAGAGAAGCAGCAGCCGGAAAAGCAUCAGUUUGUUUUUAUGGAUGGAACUAAGCUUCUGUCAGUCUGUUUGACUGCAUUGAAGAAUUACAGUAACCUGAAAC